AUGGCUUCUGAGUCCACGCCCAAUCACCCAAGUUCCCGCGAUACGCCUAAUUCGGACUCAGGGAACGUGCUCCCUUCUCACGAAAACGACGAACUAGACUUCAUCCGGGACGAGGACUUCUACUUCAACAGCAUUAUCUUCCGUGCUGGCAAGACGCACUUCAAGGUUCCUGUGUACGCACUACCUUUAGAAGAGGGCGUCUUCUCAGCGAUGUUGGAGUUCCCCAAUGAGAACGGGGAGGGCUUGAGCGAUCAAAACCCUAUAGUUCUACCCGCUGAAGUAACACCCAUGGACUUCCGUAGCUUUCUCAAGGCUUGCAUCCCGAUGCCCGACAAUGUUUCAACACCCACGCUGACAGUCCACGAAUGGAUGAGCGUAUUGAAACUCUCUACAAUGUGGUGUCUCGGCGAUCUUCGUACGAAGGCAAUCGAGUCUGCUGACAAGGAGGUCUCUUCAUUGGGAACGGCAGGCGAAGACAGCGCUAUCCAGAAGAUCCUGCUAGGAAAGAGAUACUGUGUAUCUCGUUGGCUGCUGGAAGGCUACGAGAGCAUAGGAAAACGCGUGGCCUACCUCACCGCGUCCGAACGUGUGCAGCUGGGCGUAGAGACUUCCUUCCGGAUAUCGGAGUUGCGCGAGAAGAGCUGGGCUUGGGCGCAUACACGGCUACCACCUGCGGCCCCGGCACCGUUUGGCGCGCCAUACCCCGCAGCCCUCUUUGGCACGGAGUACACGCAUCAGCACUCCAUUUUCAGGGACAGAAACAAAUUCGACUACUCUUCUGCUGUCAGGACCAUCUUCGAGGAUGAACUUCGCCUUGAUCCACACUACAAUCCCUCAAAUCAGUUUCCGCUAGCAUCACAAUCGGCAAAGAAGAGGAAGAAAGGGCGUGCGUAG